GCCGGGCAGAGUCGCUGCAGCAGACGUCUUGUUGGAGGAAAACAUUGCCAGUAUCAUGGAAGGCACACCUGAGGAAAUAAAAAGCGUAAUAUCUGGAAUCGAAUCCUUGCUGGAUAAAGUAGAGAGGCAGCAUGUGGAGAUGCUCGAAUACUACCUGUACAUCUUGGAUAACCUGGCUGCAGACAGAGGAGGCAAAACAGUCAGAGGCAUCCUCGGGGAAUUUCAGAAGAGGCUGGCUGAUAAAGAAG